CGAUUGUCCGAGAUAUCGGGGGUAUAUCGACACAGAGGCUCCACUGCGGCCUCCAUAAACAGGCCUCCGGUUCAUCUUGCCAGUCCUAAUACAUCCGAGCUCCGGGUACCAGAUUUAUACUCAUCAAACCAGUGAUAUCUGUGAGGAUAGAACACAAGAAUUCUACAAAAAGGUUGAUUUCUAUCCAUCGUAUAGGACGGUUUGGAGGCUUGGAGCCAGAGAUACCUUCUCUAGGCUCGACUUAAGACUGAACUAAGAUAUUGUGAUCUGCGAAAAAGUUGCAAAGUUUCAGGUAUCUCUGCCUCUUCUUCUGGUGGAACUUCCUACUUAAACCAGAAUGGAGAACACUAGGUUUUGGCUUCAAACCUUUAUAUUUCUUCAAACUCUCUCAGAGAUUUCAAAAGUUUGGUGCAGUCUAAGUGGAGGAGAGGGAGAAGAGCAAGCUCUACCAGGACUUGGAGCUCCGUACUUUCAGGACUAUGAGUCGGGCUCUACCAUUAAUGUUACAACACAACUAGGAUCUGCAACCUACCUGCACUGUAAAGUGAACAGACUGGGAGGAAAGACGGUAUCCUGGAUGCGCCGAUCCACACGCGAAGACGACAAUCCAUAUCUUCUGACCUACGGUCGUCUGAUCUACUCUAGUGAUGCUCGCUACCAGAUAUUUCAUGAGGCUGGUCAUGAUUGGAAGUUACAGAUACAGUUUACAAGACUCAGUGAUGAAGGAUUGUAUGAAUGCCGGGUUUCUUCCAAAACUGCGCUUGUUCAAUACACAUACUUGAAGGUUGUAGUGCCUGAAAUCAAGAUAAUGGAUGAAAGGAACUCAAUGGUGAAGGAUCAGAUUAUCUACGAGGGAGGAUCCACCAUAGAGCUCAAGUGUGUGGUGACCAACCUGGUGGGAGAGCAGCCGGAGUACAUCAUCUGGAAGAAGGAGGACAGGAUGCUCAACUACGACCUGGAGAGGGGAGGGAUCAGUGUUGAAACAAAUCUGAUGGCUACCGGAGCAACAAGCAAGCUAAAGAUUAAGGGGGCUAGAUACAGUGACUCCGGGAACUAUACUUGUACAAUGAUGGGAAUGAAAGCUACCACGUCAGUUGAGCUUAAUAUUCAGCCAGGAAAGAACGCUCAGCCCAUAAUGGACGACGGGGGGAAUAGUUGCUGUCCUCCCCUAGCUCCAGUUUACACUACUCUCCUCAUCCUGCUCAUCCAAUCCUCAUCAAACAUUUAAACAUUGUCAGAGUAUUCAGAAUAUAGAGACCUUCCAUUAACAAGAUUAAAAUAAUUUAAACUGUCACUUCAAUUUUAGAAAAGUGUUGUAGUAUAUAUUGUUUUGUAAAGUUUAUUCAAUAGAAAAGUUUUCUCAUUUUCUUGAUAUUUCUAGAAAGAAAAUUAAGAUGAAUGAGUUUUAAAAACACAAAGGACAAGUCAUAUGUUCCAGUUUAACAUCAGGUUGCAAUUAUAAUGCAUUUAAGAUUUAUUAAUGAUACAGGUGGCAUUCAUUCAGAUUUAUAAAGUUUUAAAGUUUAAGAUUGUACAGGGUAUUUCAAAAAACAUAGGAAUUAAAUGACGAAUUCGAUGUCGUCGUUGUUCUAAGCGGGAUUAUUUUGUAGAUAUGAGUUUGCAGUAUUACAGUAAAACAUUAACAUGGAAAACUACCAGUCUCAGGAUUUCCAAAAUGUGGUCUACCAUUUUUUCACCUUCAAAAUUGAGAUAUUUAGAAAUUUGUCCAGAUUUCAGUUAAUUAAACAAAUUUCUUCAAAAGUUUAAUAUCUCCGUCAAUUUUAAAGAUACAAAGAAGGUAGAGCAAAUUUUGGAAGCACUCUUGACUUUUAGUCUUUUUUUUGAUGAACUUUAUGUCAUUUAUCAGUUAUCGAAAAUCAAAGACGAUAUUCAAGUCGUCUCUCAAUUCCCAUAUUUUUUGGGACACCUUGUACCUAUAACGAUGUUUUUAAUUAAUGUAUUGCAUAUUGUGAUACUCACGUUAAAUAUCAUUACCUACCCCCUUACCUUCAAUGUAGAAAAACAUAAUUUAUAAUUACAAGCUUGUGCAUAUAUUAUCUGCUCCUAAAAAAUUUUGUUAGCAACCCCAAAACCUGAAAAUGUUAUAGGAGUUGCUCCUAGCCACUGCACAUGGAGAGCUACGGGCAGCCUAGGGUUUUAACGAACUAAUAAACAUAUUUUUCUUAUUUAUUCUAGGUUCCUUUCCAUUAGAAAAGAAAAUGCCCAAAAUUAAGUUCAAAUGUUAAAAAAAUUCACAAUCCCAAAACACCAACUUUCCCCAGCAUCAUACACUCUAAAAAACACCCAACUCAAAAUUUUCCUAAGGUAUGUUUAAUUCUGGAGUUUCCUCUUGUUCUUUUUUUUUAAAAGUAUUCUAACCUGUCGGUGUCCAACACAUCCCUUUUAGUCAAUUCAUGAUUAUUAA